UCGAAUUUCAAAAAUAUUGUUUCGAAUGUAAUUUUUAGACUAGGUUGUGUUUUUGUAGUAAUAAAGUGAAGGUAGAUAUUUUCUUUUACUAAAGUUUUGACUGUGGCAAAUUAAGUUGUAAUUAUUGUUAAAAUGUUGGGAAUUUGUGCAAGUCCUAUGAUGCGGCAAUAUGCGGCGGUAAUUAUAGUGAACCUGAGUGUGGUCUGUAUGGGUUUGAACACUGCCUGGCCGUCUCCAGUGCUGGUGAAGCUGAGGAAUGAGACGCAGUCAGUCCUGCCACGCCCCAUCACUGAUGAGGAGGGGUCCUGGGUGGUGUCUGCCGGAUUCCUUGCUGCCGCUUUAUCAUGCUCCUUGCCCGCCUACCUGGUGGACCGUAUCGGCAGGAAGUACUCCGCAAUCCUGGUCUGUCUCCCGAGACUCCUCGUCUGUUUGCUGUUCACACUCGCGUCCAGGGUGUGGAUGUUGAUUCUGGGUCGCAUCAUUGGUGACGUUACUGACAUGCUUACUGUCACCGUCGUGCCAAUGUAUGCCACGGAAAUUGCUAGUGUACAAUUCCGGGGAUCCCUCGGCACGAUUCUGCAAGUUUCCUCAUCUCUUGGCGUCCUCAUCAUGCUGUCGAUGGGUCCUUUCAUAUCCUAUUUGACCCUGAAUAUCAUAUUCACCUGUGUUACUAUCAUGUCUACUAUCCCGGUAUUCUAUCUACCAGAUAGCCCCUAUUUCUUAUAUUCUGAAGGGCGUACAGCGGAAGCCCUUAAAGUUCUCACAUACUUCCGAGGCUCAGAGGAAUUGGCCAAAGAGGAGAUCAAAGAAUAUGCACUAUCAUCAUCAACACCUGAAGUAAAAAUCAGCAAACGAGAGCUAUUUACUAACAAGGUCUUUCUGAAAACUGUUGGGAUUGUCAUUGUUUUAGGCAUCGGCGCUCAAAUGUCGGGUUUCAGCGCGGUAUCGUUCUACCUCCAAACGGUUUUGGAAUCUACCCACACGGACAUCAAGCCAGAAGUGGCAUCUGUGAUUAUUGGCUUCAUCCAACUGACUGCCAGUUUCUGUACUGCUUCUAUCACCGACCGCUUCGGGAGAAAACUCAUUUUGACAGUUACAGUGAUGGCCAUAGCUUUGGGGAUGGUCGGUCUAGGAGCAUUCUUCCAACUGCGCGAGAGCUUCGGCGCGGUCAGCGGCGUCAUGCAUUACGUGCCUAUUGUAUCAAUUGUUUUCGUCGUCUUCGGAUAUAGUGCAGGUCCAGGGUCAUUGUUCUGGGUGUUGAUGACGGAGCUCUUCGAAGGUCCAGCGCGGGCUGUUGGUGUAUUCUGCGGCCUCUCCAUCUUCGUACUCUUCGCUUUCAUCAGCACAAAGUUCUUCCCAACAGUGACCCUUGCCUUAGGCCCAGCGAUCACUUACUGGUCUUUCGGAGUGAUCUGUCUUCUCUACUGCCUCUUCGUAGUCUUCUGCUUGCCCGAGACCAAAGGGAAGAGUAUACUGGAGAUACAAGUUGCUUUGGGGAAGGCUGAUGAUGUGGUGAAGGAACGCGACGAGAAAUGUUAGUGAAGAAAGAGAAUGGAUUGUUGUAAACUGAAUAUGGACUUUAAGCCACACAAAAUAAGUCUAAGUCAGGUUUGGUUGGUGUAAGAAGUAAGACUAUAGAAUAAAGACUUACCUACACCCGUAUUCUAAAAUGUUAACUCGAACUUCCCUCGACAAAGUCCUCAGUUGAGGCGACCUUAAAGCUGCGUUUCCAUUGACGCGGAGCUGUGCGGGGAUGAGCGGAGAUGUGCAGGAAUUGACCAAUCACCGUGAGAGAGAGAGUGACAGAGCGUCUUCGGUUUUCGCUCUCUCGAACGCUGUGAUUGGUCAAAUCCGCACAUCUCUCUUCUCCGCGUCAUCGUGAGUGGAAACCCGGCCUAAGAAAUACUUCGAUCUCAGCUCAAAAUCGGUAUUCUUAAACGUAGACUCUACCUUACCUCGACUCUGCUCCAGUGCGUUGAGUGGAGGCAUGACGUCAUUGUUUUCGUGUUCUUAUGUUGGCAGUAUGAUUAUGCUCGACUCCAGUGAGUAUAGUCCUCAAGUCGAGGACGUAAAUAUCAACUUAAAGUAUCAAAAUGCUCAGCUGAGGCCGAGUCGAGUGGAGGAAGUUUUGAGUUAAUAUUUUCGAAUACGCGUGCAAAACUACGUGCCUAUCCCUCAAAAUUUUCGUUA